AUGUGCCAUGACCAUUUUUACGUCGAUCUAGGACCUUUGAUUAACUUUAUCGUGGGUAAAAACGGCAGUGGCAAGAGUGCAGUUCUCACGGCUAUAACUCUUUGCUUAGGCGGUAAAGCAUCUGCCACUAAUCGAGGCCAGAGUUUGAAAAGUUUUAUCAAAGAAGGCAAGGAGAACGCCACCAUCGUCGUGCGAAUCAAGAACCAAGGAGAUGGCGCUUACAUGCCGGAUGACUAUGGGAAGUUUAUUACUAUAGAGCGCCAUUUUUCCAAAAAUGGCACAAGUGGGUUCAAAAUCAAAUCAGAAAAUGGACGAAUCAUGUCUACCAAGAAGGCAGAGCUCGACGCCAUCAUUGACUACUUCACCUUGCAAUUUGACAAUCCGAUGAACGUUCUCUCUCAGGAUAUGGCUCGCCAGUUUCUUAGCACAUCAAGCCCUAGUGAGAAGUAUAAGUUUUUUGUGAAGGGUGUCCAACUUGAGCAACUCGAUCAAGAUUAUCGACUAAUUGAGGAAUCUGGUGACCAAAUCGAAGAGAAGUUAAGAAACCGGGAACAAGACAUUGCGAUCCUGCAAAGUCGCAAGGAAGCAGCGAAGCGAAAACUUGACAUAUCCGACCAACAUGAUUCUCUGCGAAACCGAAUCAGGAAUGUUCGGAGUCAAAUGGCUUGGGCUCAGGUCGAGGAGCAAGAAAGGAUGAGGGAUUCCCUGGACGAAGAACUUCUUAAGGCGGAUAGCGAGAUAGCCGUCGCGGAAGCUAAUUUGAGCAAUUUUGAUGUUGCUAUACGAGAGGCUGAAGGCGAGGCUGAAGCCGCUGCUGAAGAUGUUCGCCAAGCUACGGCCAAGCAGGACCAGGUUCAUGGUGAAAAAAAUGAAAUUCAGAUGAAAUGGGAUGCGCAGAUGACAGAGCGCCAUGAACUGCAGGCCGAACAACGACGGAUCAGAGAAUACCUCAAAGCAGCAGAAACGAGAAUUGUUACAACUCAGCAAAGCAUUGAUGAAGAGAAUCGACGAUUAGCUGAAAUUAGCGGAGGGAGCUAUACGAAAAAGCAAGAGGAACUCGAGCGAGCAAAAGCAGAAGUUUCCCAAGUCCGUACUCAAUGUGAGGAGCACGGAAGCGAUACUAACCGUCUGAUCCAAGAGAUAAAUGAAGCUGAAAAGGAAGUCAAGUCAGCCGCGGUACCACUCACUAAACUCAAAGCCGAUGUUGAGGAGGCUGAAUCGCUCUUGUUGACCCUAAAAAGGGAAGGAGGUCCUCAAAACUCGGGUUUCCACGAGAAAAUGCCGGCUCUCCUGAAAGCAAUCGAACAAGACAGGUCCUUUACUAGACGCCCAAUUGGUCCUCUUGGUCACUAUGUGCGCCUGCUUAGGCCGGAAUGGUCUUCGAUCCUCGAGAACUCGCUUGGCUCGACGUUGAACAGCUUCGUUGUACUUACUCCUGAAGACUCGAUGAAAAUUGGCAAGAUUAUGAGAAAUAUCGGCUAUACGUGUCCUGUCUUGAUAGCGGACGGCGAACGCAUCGAUACAUCAUCGAACGAACCGGAUCUCCAUUAUAACACAGCCUUGCGGUUCGACAACGACGUGGCCCGCUCACAGUUGAUCAUCAACCAUAAAAUAGAACAGAUGCUACUCAUUGAAAAUCUUGAAGAAGCAUCUUCGGUCCUCUUUGAUGGACAGAAACCUCGAAAUGUGGCACGGUGUUAUUGUAUUGAUCAAACAAACAGACGCAGAGGUAUUCAUCUUUCCUUUAGCCGGACAGGCGAACCAAGCCAAGCACCAGUCCCAGCCUACAAUAGGUCACCCCGAAUGAGGUCCGAUCUAGAAUCCCAAAUUAGAGUGCAACAGGGUGUAGUGGCGGACCUUAAGAGCAACCUCAGUCGUCAAGAACAAGAGCUCCAGUCUGCUCGGUCUCGGCUGGAAAGCUGCAAGCAAGCCCGUGUCAGACAUGAGCGAAGAUCAAACGAACUACGAAUCACGGCGCAGAGACUGGAAGACCGUGUUGAAGAGCUUGCCGAUGCUCUUGAUAGAGAACUCCCCGAAGACGGACGUCUUGAUGGGCUUCGGACUAAUCUCCAAGAGGCUGAAGAGGAGAAGCGCCUCAAUGAAGGGUCCUUGAAGGACGGCGCAGAUGCUAUGGAUGCUAUGAUGAAGACAUUGAGAACGAUCAAGCAAGAGCUCUCGGCCAAAGAGGCCGAGAUCACCGUCAUACAAGAAGAGCUUAGGGUCGCCGAGAAUGAGGAGCGUAUGGCUAAUGACAGGCGUCGAAAGAGAAUAGGUGAUAAAAAUACAGCAGUUGAAAGAAUCGACGACAUCAGGCGAGACAGGGAUAGGAUCCAUACUAAACGAGGGGAGGUCGUGGCACGUAUCCUUGACUUCAGCGAAAAAGCGAGUUUGGUCUCUCCGCGGGUUGCAAUCGAUGAAGGUGAAACUGCGACCAGUUUGGAUAAAAAGCUUGAAAGACUCCAUAACGACAUAAAGCGCUAUGACCAACAGUUGGGAGCAUCUCGUGACGAACUCCUUGCUGAGGUUGCGAGGGCCAGGGAAGCCUACGACCGGGCUUUGAAGCAAGUGCUCAAGGCAACACUAAAACUCCGUAAAGGCCGCUGGGUGAUUUUUAGGUCGCACAUUUCAUCCCGUGCCAAAGUGGAACCCGAUAUCACGAAAGACAGCGCUGGUCGUGGCGCAAAGACACUCUCCGGAGGUGAGAAGUCAUUCUCUCAGGUAUGCCUGUUAUUGGCACUCUGGGAGGCUAUGGGAUCCCCAAUUCGCUGCUUGGAUGAAUUUGAUGUGUAUAUGGACCACAUCAAUAGGAAAAUGGCCAUUGAUAUGCUUAUGCUCGCUGCCAGACGGUCAAUAGGACGGCAAUUCAUACUCAUUACACCCGGAUCAAGGGCAGAGAUCACGCUGGCGCCUGACGUCUGUGUAAAGGAGGAUGCAAGCUCGGAUGCAAAGUGGAAGGAGCAAUUAAAUGUCCCUGCCAAAGAUGCAAGACCGCAAACCGAGGAUGUGACCGCUACGAAAGGCUUGGAAUUCGAAGACUUCUACAUCAAACGUGAACUGAUGAUGGGUAUAUUCGAGGCUGGUUUUGAAAAGCCCUCUCCAAUCCAGGAAGAGACGAUACCAGUCGCCCUCACAGGCAGAGACAUUUUGGCGCGUGCCAAGAAUGGUACAGGGAAAACAGCAGCUUUUGUUAUCCCUACUUUGGAGCGCAUAAACCCCAAGAGCACCAAAACACAGGCCCUUAUUCUUGUUCCUACGAGGGAACUGGCGCUUCAAACAUCGCAUGUUUGCAAAACCUUGGGAAAACAUCUGGGCAUCAAUGUCAUGGUCACUACAGGAGGUACUGGCUUGAUGGAUGACAUUAUUAGAUUAAACGACGCAGUCCACAUCCUUGUUGGAACCCCAGGAAGAGUCCUGGAUCUGGCUAGCAAAGGCGUCGCUGAUCUCUCUGAGUGUCCUACAUUCGUCAUGGAUGAAGCCGACAAAUUGUUAUCCCCCGAGUUUACGCCAGUUAUCGAGCAACUGCUAUCGUUUCAUCCUAAAGACCGCCAAGUCAUGCUCUUCAGUGCUACUUUUCCAUUGAUUGUCAAAUCAUUUAAACUACAAAUCAACCAGUCGAUAAUAUUCUGCAACUCUACCAACCGUGUUGAAUUACUUGCGAAGAAGAUAACGGAACUAGGAUAUUCCUGCUUUUAUUCGCAUGCAAGGAUGCUUCAGCAACAUCGCAACAGAGUUUUUCACGAUUUCCGCAACGGCGUCUGCCGUAACCUUGUUUGCUCCGAUCUGUUAACUCGAGGUAUUGACAUUCAAGCCGUCAAUGUUGUCAUAAAUUUCGAUUUCCCCAAGAACGCCGAAACUUACCUCCACCGAAUUGGCCGAUCUGGCCGCUUUGGACAUCUCGGUCUUGCUAUCAAUCUUAUAAAUUGGGAAGAUCGGUUCAACUUGUACAAAAUUGAGCAAGAGCUUGGAACUGAAAUUCAACCAAUUCCUCAGAAUAUCGACAAGAAACUCUAUGUGUAUGACUCGCCGGACACUAUUCCGCGCCCUAUCGCUAACCCCUCACAACCUCCGAUCACCAACACAGCCGUUAAUCUGAACAAUGGUGAACGUCGUCACAACCAUCAUAUGAAUGGUGGGCAAUAUCAAUACGGCAGGGGUCGUGGCUCUUAUCGGGGAGGUCGAGGACAAGGUCAGCGCCGCAGCAUGCAAAACGAGUCCAAGUUCGGCACUCAAGGGCAGUCAAGCGGCAAAUCCCAUCCCACACAAGUGUCUUAA